CAAUGCUAUCUUGACAUUAUUAUUUUAUAAUCGCUGGUCCGGCUGUUUUACAUUUUAUGAAUUAAAUUCUUUAUUAAUUGGCCAGCCAUGUUGAGAUCGAGAAUUUCCUGCACAUUUGCCACGAGGAGAUGGAUGUCAUACUUCUCAACAGAAUUCAACGCGCUGGCGAAUGAGGGUCCAGCCAAAUUUCCACACCUCUUACCAGAGGGCAGUCGGCAUGCUGCCGCUGCAACGAAUAUAGAUUUGGAUCUGUUUGUAAAUGCGGAUCAUCGGCAAAUGGACCUGGUGGACAGGCUGCUUAAGCUCAGAAAGCAAAAAGAAUGCAGCUAUGUUCCGCUUUUGCCGAGUCUGUUAGUGAAACCGUUACUGGACUCAACAAACCCCCAGGAGGCAAUCACGGUUCUCCGGAGUCCCACCAAAUAUGGUAUAUUUAUUGACCAGUUCUCCGGGUGCUUCUUAAUGGACCUGUUGUUGCACAGCGGUAACACAUUGGAAGCAGCGCAGACUGCUGCCCUUCUUGUGGAAAGAGGCUUAUGCAACAACGAACUGGUUGAGGCGUUGGCACUCCAAUCGUUUUUUAAGUUCGCGAAAGACUUCAAGCCUUUCGAAUCGUCGGAGAAUAAGCCUGCAGCUGCUGCCCCUGAAGUGGAGAAAGUCCGUGUUAAAUUUAUUCGCAACUAUGUUGAAGAUACAAGCAAGGAUACAGAGGAAAAGGUUCUUGGUCGAGCUAUGAUUCAAUUGGGCUCUGGCGAAGGCACUCUGAAAGAGCUAAAACAAAACAUUUCCCUUCUUGGCCUUGUAUUGUGCGGGAAAUUACCUGAUGCUGUAAGCCUCCUGGCCCAAAACCGUGGGGCUUUUCACAAAGAGAUCCUCACCACUUGUCAAAAUGUGGCUGAAAGUCUGAAACUGGAGGUCUCGGACGAGUUUACACAAUCAUUGCAGCAAACACUCGAUAAAUGCACGCAGACCAUCUCUAUCGACGAAAAAUUAGAGACUAGUGUAAGGAGCAGUGCCCAAAAGUUCGAGCCGAAACUGUUAGCUGAAUAUGGGCAGUCCUAUCAAGAGUGGACCAAACAGUUUGAGAACGCUGUGAAGAAGUAUAUCGAGGAGCAGAGUCUGGUGGAGCGCAAGAAUAGCAUUGAGAAGACGCUGAACGAACUGGACGCGAAGCGUCAAAACCUUUGGUUCUUUGAGAACAAGGACGACAUCGAUAUUCAGAUAUACAAGAAGAAGGUGCAAUAUCCCAAGCGCUGGUUUGGAAAGAAAAAAACGCCAAAGGCAGCGGACACGUUCUACGUGCCGCCAAGUGUCACGAGAUCCGCCAACUAACUCGAAGCCCAUGCAUAGGUAAAAACAAAGCAAAUCCAAUUGUUUUUAAGCUUUAAUUAAACUACUGGAGAAUCAAUCCAAA